AUGGAGACGAUCUCUACAUUAGAAAUAUCUGCAGAGGAUGAAGAGGAAUGUGAAAUUCAGAACCAGGAAGAACAUUCAGAAACUGAAUCUUCUGAUGAAAAUGAAGAAAUUCUCACCGAUGUCAAAAGACCUUCAGAUGCAGUGAAUAGGAUUUGGUCCCCUUCAGUUUACAGUUUGGUUACAAAGGAAAGCUACAACUUUGCAGGUUAUGAAAUCACCAUCCACCAAUCCAUUGAUCACUUUGGAGCUAUUACCUGGCCAGCGGCAGUUGAGCUGUGCCAUUUUCUGGAAUGCAACUGGAACGAAUUCAACCUUGAUGAUAAGAAAAUAAUCGAACUGGGUGCUGGAACAGGACUCGCAUCUAUUUUUGCUGUCUUACUAGGUGCUAAUGUCACCAGUACCGAUCUCCCCUGUGCAAUUGGAAACUUGCGUAGUAAUCUCAUGAGAAAUACACGAUGCAGAAGCAAGCAUCAACCUCAAGUUAAGGAGCUGGUUUGGAAUGUAGAUUUAGAUAAAAACUUUCCUCAAUCUGUUCAUCACUACGAUUAUAUUUUGGCAGCUGAUGUUGUUUAUCAUCAUAAUUGCCUGGAUGAUUUAAUGGCUACAUUUGAGUAUUUCUGUCAACCAGACAGUGUGAUCUUAUGGGCAAACAAAUUGAGAUUUAAUUCAGACUGUGAAUUUUUGGAAAAAUUCAAGGCAAAAUUUGAAACUGUUAUGCUGGCAAAUAUCCCUCAUGCAGAAGUUAUAAUAAUUAAAGCGACAACAAAGUCACAAUUAAUGAAGAAUACUUAGUGGGGAAAACAUGAGCUACAUUCAA